AGUUGACAAAAAACACGCAGUCUGUUGCUGAGUUUCCUGGUACUGGUGUUGUGAAGCUGAUUCAGAGCCACAUUAGAGAGCACAUGCUGGUUUCACUCGCACUACUUUGACUAUGGCAGGUGUGCAUCAAGUUUGGAAAAUCUACACCCUCUUAGGAUAUCUGCACCUCUGCCAAAGCUCCAUCACUCCCCGGACCUCCUUCUUCCUCGGAAGUCCAGGCCGUGUGCUGUCCACAUACAAAACAUCUGAUGUGCAGAACACCACAGCGCUGCUGCUCAGUCCAGAUGCUGCCACUCUGUUUGUUGGUGUUAAGAAUGCUGUGCUCUCAUUGGAUGUCAGUCAGCCUGAUGUCAUUACACUGAAAAACAAGUAUAACUGGACACCUCUUAAAAGUGAUCAUUACAGAUGUGGGACUUCAGACAAGAAUUGUGCCAAUUUCGUCCGGGUCUUGCAGUUUAUCAACUCCACUCAUUUGUAUGCCUGUGGGUCAUUUGCAUUUAAACCUGAAGACAUAAUUCUUACUGCGGAUAGUCUGUCGGUCAGCAGGGCAGCACAGUCUGCCAAAGGUGUCUGUCCUUACAAGGGAUCUGAGAGGAACACAGCUGUUUUUGUUGAUGGAGAGCUGUAUACUGCCACAACAAAGGACUAUUCUGGAGUCACACCCAUCAUCUCACGCCAUUUCAGCAAAGGACGAAACAACUUAAACCUUGAAACUUCCCAAAAAACACUCAAUGAUCCUACGUUCAUCAGCUCCUCUUACAUUCCCAGCGAGGGGAAGGUGUUGUUUUUCUUUAGGGAAGAGGCAACAGAGUACAGCUUCAUGGAGCGAUUCACUGCGUCACGUGUGGCCCAAGUUUGCACAGAUGACAACGGAGGGGAAAGAAUCCUUCAAAAGUGCUGGACAACAUUUGCUAAGUCCCAGCUCAUAUGCCAGACGGAGAAGCAGCCUUUCAAUCUGCUCCAGGACAUUGUAAUGAUGCCACCAGCAGAUGAUGAAUCGCCUGAUAAUAUACUGUUCUAUGGCAUCUUCACAUCUCAAUGGGCUCUGGGACCCAGUCCGACUGCAGUGUGUGCUUUUACACUAGGAAGCAUUAAGGCAGCAUUCUCAGGAGCCUACAAGACCUACACUGCAGAAACCAACCAAUGGAAAAAACAAACUAAUCUAAACUCCAAACUGGGCAAAUGUGGGAUACAUAAUGACAAUGACAUCACAUUGAACUUAGUAAAGAAAACCUUCCUGACCGCUACCACUGUGAAGUCUGAGGGAAAUAAGCAGCUUCUCAUAACCAACGAACAGCUGUACAGUCGAAUCACAGCACAAACAGUCCAGGCUGCCAGUGGUCACAAUUACACUGUCCUCUAUCUGCUUACUGAGACUGGAUUCCUUCACAAAGUUGUAUUGCUAAAAAACGGAUCCCACAUCAUUGAAGAGAUCCAGGUUUUCACACAACCACAAACUGUCAAAAGCAUUCUUCUUUCUGUUACAAAGGGUGUGGUAUUUGUGGGCUCAUCUGAAGGUGUGAUCAGGGUUCCUGUGUCUAACUGCUCCUUCUACUCGAGUUGUGCCGAGUGUGUGCUGGCUCAGGAUCCAUUCUGUGGCUGGGACUCACAGGGCGAAGCCUGCAUCCCAGUGUCCGAUAUGAAACCUGAUUUACAUCAGGAUGUAGAGAAUGGCAAUGCUGGAGAGCAAUGUAAAAACUUGAAAAUUAGUAGUGGUGCACUUGUUCCAAAGGUGGUGUUGGUCCAGCUGUACCGCUUGGUCAUGCUGCCAUGUCACUCAAGAUCCAGACAGGCCAAAGUGACCUGGAGGUUCUCUAAUCACAGCACCGUACCCCAGUCCCUCUAUCUGCAGCAUGAAGAUGGUAGCCUGGUCUUCUUUGUAACUCCCAACACUGCCCGGGAAUACCUCUGUGUAACUGAAGAGCAGGGCUUUCAGCAGACUGUAGCCAUCUCUCUGAAGAUACGGGCUUCCUCUCGUUCCCAGACAUCCUCUCCUUAUUCUGGGCUGUACGCUGGCAAGGAGAUGGAGCCGAUACCUACACUGGACUUGUAUGAAGAAACAAUUAUGCAUCAGAAGAGCUACUAUAACGAGAUGGUUGCUGUUUCAUCUCUGUUGGCCAUAUGCCUCUGUGUGCUUGCUGCUGGGGCAUUGCUGUGGUGGAGGAAGAGCCAAAAUAAAGCUGACCCUGCUCAAGACAUUGGGAUACCGCUACACAUUAAUUAAUCUGUAUUUUUUACUGUCGUCUGAACUGCUAAAGCCUCCAAGAAGUUACCACUUUCCUCCAUACAGGGACUCUUGAAGAACAACCUUUUCCUAGCUUUGUGGUCCCCAGAAGUUUUUGAAGUCUUUCAAAGUACAUGGAACUAUCAGUGGGCCAUGGAUGCAGUGUUUAUUUGCAACAUUGGGAAAUGUGUUUGCUCUGUUGCAAAAGAAGUUUAGAAAUUAUGCUUUUUUAAAUGUUUAAAUGAGAUUUCUUUCUGAGUGUAGAGCAAGAAAGUCUUCAAGAUCAUAGUUCGACAGCCAAACAAGUGGAAAUAUUUGCAGAAAGGAAAUGAAGCUACUGCUCAAAGGAACAUACAAUCCUUUGUCCUUUAUAGCUUUAUAUCAGUGUGCUUUCCACACGUAAGACUGUGAAAACGUGCAGUUUCGUACAGAAUAAUAUAUAAAUAUUUGAAUAUUCCUUUGCACUUGUGUUUCACUUUAACUUAACUGAAUGUAAAACUGUAUCAAUAAAUCAUUUUUUAAUAAAUGCAAA